UGUCAAAGCUAGCUAGUUUUUUGUCACCAUAAUCAUGAAAAAUAAAGUUUAUUAUAUUUCAGUGAAUAUAAAUCAAAAUCUGAAACUGUGCUUUAUUUUUUAGGGCAAACCUUAAUGACAUCAUAACGCGAAAAUUCAAAUCAAUUCCUGUCCAGUUGUAAUCGUGAAGAAUAUUAAUUUACAAUGGUUGUUGGAGCUUUUCCUAUAGCUAAGUUAUCAGUGCUUUUAAUUAAGCAGAUUAGUAAACCUAUUGCUAAUAUUUGUAAAGAACGAGCUAAAAAUAGCCCCUUUUUCAGAACGUAUGUUUGUAUGCCUCCAGCUCAGUUUUACAACUGGUGUGAGGUGAAGGCAAAAAUGUGGAUACUGAAUCUUGGUAAACCAGUCAAUAUUCCAGUGCUCAGUCAAGACAUGGCAAUUGAGUUGGGAGCGAAUCUUCUUGGGGAAUCUGUUAUAUUUGUGAUUGGAGCAGGGCUUCUAAUUAUUGAAUACAACAGGCAAAGUAAGAAAGAAGCUGUAAAAGAAGCAAAAAGAGAAGAAGAGAUGAAAUACAUAACAGGAACAAUAACAGAUUUGUAUUUUACUGUACAAAAGCAACAAACACAGCUCAGAGAAAUGGAAAGAUUAAUACAUACUCUAGAUGCAAAUAAGAAGCCUGGUGAUCCACCAAACGGUGGAAAACCUUCAGGAAAUUUAUCUCCUCAAAAAGUACCUGAAUAUUCCAAAGAAAUUCCCAAACCACCUGAACCGGUCAAACCAAGUAAUAUGAGCACGUCUGCUAUUCCAUAUCCAAGUAACGGUAUCAUACUGCAAUCUCUUAACUAUAUACAAAUGGAUGCUGUCCACUCUCUGUUUGUGCAUGACAGUGAUAAAGAAAAACAAAACUAUGAAAGUAAUGACUAUAAACGGGAACCGGCAUUACUAACGGCUACAUUGCACAAUAUAGAAAAUAAUUUUAGAAGUUUAUUUUGAGAUUAUUUCCUUGUGUAGUCAUUAUUUAUUUCAAGUAUGAUUUGAUCAUAUUUAUAGAUAAUUGUUACUGUAUUAAGCUGUGAAUUUUGAUUGGCAUAUUUAAUAUGUUGUAAUUAUUAUUGAGUAGACCUUAGGUAAAUGUGUUUUCUGUAAAAUAUUCACUGUAAGUAAUGUAAAUUUUGUUUUCUAUAGAACACAGUAAGAAAUGUAUAACUCUCUUAUUGUCUAUAUAAGAACAACUGUUUUUCUCGCUGAGUAAGACAAUGAAUUAUACCAAAAAAUAGA